AUGGCCGGCGGAAUGCGCGGUAUCAUGGGCACUGUGUCCCUCAUCCUCAUCGCAGGAGCCCUCGUCCUGAUGUUCUUCGUCGUCCUCAGCGGUGUCAAGGAUAGCACUCCUCUUAAUAAGACGUACUUCCUGCGAACCGAUACAUCCUCCAUCACUGGAGCUCGACCUAUCUCUCAAUGGACAUACUUCUACGUCUGCGGUGACGGCAACACUGACUGCGGCUCACCCGUUCCAGAUCUGCCAUUCGGAUAUGCCUGGGUUGGAGGUGGAAGUGGCGCACCAUCCGAUUUCCUUGGUGGUCACGGAAAGGACACAACCAGCAAGUACUACUUCUUUCUGUGGCGCUUUGGCUGGGUUUUCUACCUCAUGGGUCUCGUCUCCACCGUUGUCGCUUUCUUCACUGCUCUCCUCGCUCCCUGCAGUCGUCUCGCAUCUGGAUUCUCUGGCGUAGUUCUCAUGUUCGCACUCUUCUUCUACACCAUGGGUGUAUCUCUGAUGACCGCUGAAUUCGUGAAAGCCCACGAUGCCUUCAACCGUGCCGGCCUUACCUCGAAGAUCGGCCGCUACGCUUUCGGCUUCUCUUGGGGAGCGUGGGCCGCCAUCUUCCUCGCAACCAUCUUCUUGUUCCUGGGCUGUGGUGCAGGUGGCAGAAGUGAUGACAAGGUCCGAAGCUCAAGACGAACCAACGGUGCUACUGGCGGCGGUCUCGGCAACGUCGGUUUCUUUCGUCGUCAACGGAGCAGACGCUCCGCCAGAGGUUCCUUCGUUGACAAUGAGAGCCAACGACGUGUCAAGGACGAGUACGCUUAA